AGCGUCUCUUACUGAGAAAGGAGUUGCGUGCGUCAUUCGUUCUGAGCAGUCUGCAAUUCUUGUGGGAGAUCUUCGGUUCUGCUAACUACCGGCAAAGAAGUAAGACUUGCCUCAAUCAGUAGAAAACCAAUACCUGUUGGGAUAAUAAGUCAGGGACAUCGGACUCAGUUUCUGCCUGUCACAAAGCUGUUAAGACAACCACAAGUUCAGAAGUGUUUCUGCUGUUUGCAUCACUAAGCUGCUUCAGAGGUUUCCACCACAGCUGUACAAAUCUGGAAACAGAGGAUUUUAAUAUGGAGGAUAUGCUUUGUGCAAGUAAUAAUUUGGAGGAACCGCCUACUUCUGCUGUCAUGUUGGAAAGCUGUCAUUUCUCUCAGAUUGUCUUUGAAAACAUAGAGAAAUUCUAUGUUCCUGGAACAGAUAUAACUUGCUGUUAUAACCUUUCCCAAUUCUUCACACCUCGCAAGAAGGACUGGGUGGGCAUAUUCAGAGUGGGAUGGAAGACAACUCGUGAAUACUAUACAUUCAUGUGGGCCCCUGAGCCCAGUGAUUCUGAGAACAGCUAUGCUGAACAACAGCAGGUGCUUUUUAAAGCCUACUAUCUGCCAAAGGAUGAUGAGUAUUAUCAGUUUUGCUAUGUUGAUCAAGAUGGGCAAAUCCGUGGGGCCAGUGUCCCUUUUCAAUUUCGUACUGAGAUUGAGGAUGACAUGCUGGUGAUUACUAAAGAGGGGGAAGUGGAGAAAAUACAACAGCAAAAUGAAACAUUGCUUCAAGAAAAUAAGAAACUGAAGAAGGAUCUAGUAAGUCUUCAGGACCAGAAUGUGCAUCUACAAGAAAAAGUUGUAGCAGCUAAGGUUCUCCAAGAUAGAGUGAACACUUUACAGAACAGAUGUGAGAAACUUGAAUCCCAAAAGAAUGAUCUGGAAAAGGAGAAGUGUGCCAUUAAGGCAGACCUGAUGCAGAUCAAAGAAGAGAAAGAAUCUAUGUUAUCUGAGAAAGAACAGGUGGGAAACCGGCUGAGAACCAUUUUGUGCCAAACAGAAGAACUUCAAUUGCAAGUGCAAAGUCAACAGAAGGAGGUGGAAACCCUGCAGGAGACCAUUAAAGAUAAAGUAAAGCAUGUGGAAGAAUUGAAGGGAGAGAAUUAUCAAUUAAACGCUGCCUUGUUUAGUCAGCAAAAGUUGAACAAGAUUCAGGAAGAACAAACACUUGCACUUCAAAUCCUGAAGAAGGAAAAAGAUGAAAUAGAGCAAGAAAAUCAGAAAUUAUGGCAGGAAAAUGAGGGGUUGAGGGCACGCCUCCCUGAAAUACGCAGUUCAUCUGCUGGACUGCUAUCCCAGUCACCAUCUAAUUCUAUGCUCCUGUUUGGAAAUCCAUAUUCUGCAUCACCAGAAGUUGCUGAGAUGGACCCGGUCUCCCAAAAAAGGUGUCCCAUUUGCCAGGAAGUCUUCCCUAAUGACAUUGGACAACAACAGUAUUUGGAUCAUGUGCAAAAUCAUAUCCUCGACUGUCCAUAUUGCGAUAAAACCUUUGACAGCUCAAACAAGCAAGUGUACGAUGAUCAUGUCUUUUGCCAUCGCUUAGACCAAGAUUAAGCCUGCUUGCACCACCGAAGCUAUUACACUAAUGCCUUUUUUCUUUCAUUUCUUUCCUUUGUAUGAUCUGGCAGGGAUAGAUACUUGAUCUGCUAAACUUGACAUACAAGGCUGAAGUCUGUUGUUAGGUCUGAAGUACUGAUUAGUUUAAUUUUCUUGUGACGCAUGUGUUAAAUUAAAUAAUACAUUAUGCUUUUGCUUUGGAAGCAGAAUUUUCCAUUUUUAAAUCUUAUAUUUAAAAAUAAGAUGCUUUUUUCCUCUACCCUUAAUCUAUGAAUAAUGAAUCACGUUCAUGAUAAGCAGUUAGAGUUUUCUAGCUCUACUAGAGAGAAUAUUUCUAGCACAUGGACUCCAGCACAAUGAAAGUUUGGAAGACUAAACCUCUGUGACCAAUCCAGAUUGGAUCCUGCAACAUUAUCCUGGGACAUGUAUAUUUGACUUCAUCGUGGUUUCUAGCUCUGCUAGUAGCAAAGAAUAAAAUUGCAUUUUUGCUUGCUUUGCUUCUAUUUUAUGCUGUUCAGGCAAAGCAACAAUUAUUCUUCCCAGUUACAAAAAUAUUCCAUGUCUGUUGUCAGGGAGCUCACUAUCGUAUCAGAAAAUGAUCUGAAGACUGAACCCAAUUUUUUUAAUGAUGUUGAGACUGAUAAAGGAACUAACAAGUUUUCACCAGUCUUGUCACCGUAUAGAAAGGAUUUUUAAAAAAAGAGCCUUUGCUGAAAACAAAAUAUUAAUACAUUUUGGGGCUUUAGCAUAGAGUCAAUUUAUUGGAAGCUUCAGAUUGGACUGUAGUGUUGUACCUCCAGCAUUAAGGAGUUGCAACAAUCUUAUAACCAGAAUCUCUGUCUGUUAAGAUAGAAAUGUGCUGCUUUGUUGAAAUGUCUCUCUCUAUAUGAUUGUUAAAAGUCCAAGCUUAAUAUAUAAUUAAGAGUAUUCUAUUAAAAUAGAACACAUGUGUGGAAUUCUUUUUCUUGAAAAUCACAAUAUUAUUUUUUAGUUUGACUGUGUACUUUUUAUUCUUUAAGACUGAAUCCUGUAAUAGAGAUAAGCUGCUUACAUACAGAUUAUAUACAAUGUAUUGGUUAGCUAAAUAGUUAAUAUUAUAUAUAUCAAAAUCUACUUUAGUAGCAUUUUUAUCUUUUAAGUUAUGUUGCUGCCUUUAUAAAAAAUUGGGGAAAUGUUUUCCAGUGCAGAAAACUUUAAAUUUGUAACAAUGGAGUACUUACUCCAUUGCCAUCACUCUGCUAAACACCUAACUCUCACAGUGCUAAUAUCCAUAUAAAUUAAUCCAUAUAGCAUGGCUGUAGUAGUAUUAUUUAUCCUUCUUAUUUUCUUUGUUCUUGCUUUCAUUUAUAUUAUGAUUAUGCAUGUACACUGAGUGUUUCUGUACAGGAGACAAAUUCAAACAAAGUAUUCCAUUCAAUUCAAUUCAGAUAAAUAAGCAUUGGUUUAUCUUUUUCAAGUACUUAUUGAUUACUUAUUGAAAAUAUAUCUUUUUUUUUCAGAAUGGAGAGAGAUACGUGCAUAUGCGUAUCCAGUGAAUCUUAUGUAGUGAAUUCUAAAUAUCUACUCUCUAGUAGUAAAGUUAGUCUUGGAAAUGAUUCUAAACUGAGACCAUUUUACCACUUAAUAUAUCAGCUCAGAUAAUUAAGCAUACCAGAAAAAACAGGAUUAGACUGGUUUUCAGAAGAAAUUCUGCUUGCACUCGGGAAUUAAUUAAAGAUCCUGUCUUAUCAGUUGUAAAAGUAGUUUCUUCCUUUAUAUUUUCUGUUUAAACUAUGUGCCAUCUGUUUCUUUUGAUGAAGUUCUGUAGCUUUCUUGCAGGUUUACUUUGGCUCUCUUCACACUUGGCUGCUUUUACCAAAAUAAAA